AUGACCGACGCAGAAUUUAAUUACGAUAUUCACAAUAAGGAGCUCCUAGCAAUUGUGUUAGUCCUAAAAGAAUGGAGGGCUGAGCUGGUGGGCUUACAGAGAAGCGAACGAUUCGAGAUUCUUUCUGAUCACAUGGCUCUGCGGUACUUCAUAAUGACGAAGCGCCUUACCGCUAGACAAGCUAGGUGGUGCGAAUUACACCGUCCAGGAAAGGAGAACACGCUGGUGGAUGCAUUAAUUCGGAGGGAAAGCACUUCAGUUGACCGCAAGAAGGGGCGUAUGCAGCUCAUGUUGCCAAAGAAGUGCCUAGGGCCUUCGCCGGUAAAAGAUUCGUUAAGUGUGGUCGAAGAGGAAGAAGGUGGGGAAGAUAAUAAUAAGCCUCCUAAUCAGGGGAGUGUCGAGCUAUCACCAAUGGACACUACCAUAGACGUUAUUUCUAGAGUUAUCGCCGCAAACACAAGGAGCCCUGAAUAUGAGCAAUUCCGAGAGCUCGCGAGAACGGGAGACAAGAACUGGACAUUGCACGAAGAGGUCUUGUUAUUUAAAGAUCAGGUGUUUGUUCCAGAUGAGGGGGAUCUUCGAGCUCAGUUACUAGAUAAAAUUUAUUGUCAACUGUCGACAGCUCACCCAGGCAAGAACAAGAUGAAGCAAUUGGUUUGA